ACAUACCGAGGAAAAAGAAGGAAGCCGAUGAUGACGCAGUUAGAAAGCGCCGAAUCGCUAGCAGUUCAACCAACAGGUAUAACAGAGUUUUUGACAGAUUCUUCUGAUUUGUGCUGAUGUCGGCGCGUGCCAGAUGGUCCAGGAGGCGGGCCGGCUCUGCUUAGUGCUCCUUCUUCACCUGUGUGAGCCAUCAUGGCGGAGGAGGAAGGCAUUGUGACAGAGCACAUGGAAGAGGCUUCGGGUGGACUGUGCUGGCUGUCAGUGCUGUCCUGCCUGCUGCUUGCCUGCUGCUAUGUUGGCAGUUUAUAUGUCUGGAGGAGCGACCUGCCCAGGGAUCAUCCUGCGGUGAUAAAGAGGCGCUUCACCAGCGUCCUGGUCGUGUCGGGCCUUUCGCCUCUCUUUGUUUGGGCAUGGAGAGAAUUCACAGCAGUCAAGACUGUCUCACCAUUGUUGGCCCUGUUGGGCAUUCGCCUUGAAGGUUUUAUUCCUGCGAUUGUUCUGCCUCUGCUGCUGACUAUGGUCCUGUUUCUGGGCCCACUAAUGCAGCUGUCCAUGGACAGUCCCUGGAGCUUCACAGAUGGUGUUCGUGUGGUGCUUGACCCGUGCUUCUGGACGCUGUGCCUCAGCGACAUGCGCUGGUUGAGGAAUCAGGUGGUGGCACCACUGACAGAAGAGUUGGUGUUCAGAGCCUGCAUGUUGCCCAUGCUGGUGCCGUGUGCCGGUCCUUCCACUGCCAUCUUCACCUGCCCUCUGUUUUUUGGAGUGGCUCAUUUUCACCAUGUCAUAGAGCUGCUGAGGUUCAGACAGGGCACGCUGUCAGGAAUUUUCUUCUCAGCAGUGUUUCAGUUCUCCUACACAGCAGUGUUUGGAGCUUACACUGCAUUCAUCUUCAUCAGAACAGGUCACCUGAUUGGUCCGGUUCUCUGUCACUCCUUUUGUAACUACAUGGGUUUCCCAGCCAUCAGCACUGCACUGGAGCACCCCCAACGCCUCGCCAUUUUAUCAUCCUACCUGAUGGGAGUUCUUCUCUUUUUCAUGUUGCUCUUUCCUUUAACAAACCCUUCUUACUAUGGCGUCCCCACCCCAGUCUGCACCCUCACCUCGUCCCCCAGCUCUCUCUGUUUUUCCUGACCCCCCGCCCUUUCUCUACCUACACAGGCUUAUCUGCUUUUGUCCUGUUGCUGUACAAUAUUUAGGCAAUCAAGGGUUUGGUAUGUUUUAACGGUGAACUGGCGCUGAUGUCCUUUACAAAUUGACUGGACAGUGCUGACAGGUUUGGGGGGUUAUAAUGAGCCAAAUUUCUAAGUAAGCGUUAUUUAUGGUUUCCUUUAUACGAAAGGCAGUCACAUCUCAGAAUGUGUUGAAACUAAGGUUAAUGCUCCGGGGAGCGUUCUGUUCCUUCACUGACCUGAUGACCGGAACACAAAUCAUCUUCACGACUCGUGGUUUUUUUAUGUGCUUCCACAAACUUUGAGUCAAACUUAGUAAAGGCUUAUUUGGUGAAAUUUUCCAGUUUUUUACAAAAAAAAAAUAUUAUGCAGCUUUUAGGCCUGUGAGGUAAUCAGACGCUUUAUUUUGCUGUUAUCUUGAUUCGUUGGGACAACCAAACAAAUGGUGAUGAUUGGGUUUGGCCUUCAUCCCUGCUGUAUGAGUCGGGUCAUAGGAGGAUCUAAAGCAGGUCCAGGUUUUGUUGGCUGAUCCAUAAUUCAUGCUACUUGUUAUGAGCGACACUUUCCCAUUUGACUGCAAUCGGACAUCUUCCGCAGGUUUUCUGUUAUCUCUGGCUGUGUGAACCUUCCGGAAGAAUCAUUACUGCUGUAGCUGCACUGAAGUACAGGAACAGGAAUUCUGUCAUUGGUAGUAUAUUCUGCAAGAUAUCUAGUUUAUUUUUAUAUUUAUGGUUUGAUUUUUAGCAUCAGGUUUUUUUUGCCACUUUGUUUUUAAAGCGGAGGUUCAAUCUUUAAUAUGUCCUAAGUUUAGUCAUAUUCAGUAAAUUUUAAUAUUAUUGAAGAGUUCAUUUAUUUCAAUAACUCAAUUGGGGGAAGCGCAUUAUAUAGAUUGCAUACAGUUUUCAACCGUUCAUUUCUGUUAAUUAUGAUUAUAUUUCACUUACAGUUAAUGAAAACAUGACAUUUAAGAUUGGAAUAUUUCAUUGGAUCAGUAAAAGUUCAUUUUAAUACAGAAUUGUGAGCUUCAAAAAAAAUGUCUGUUUAAAGCUGCAGUGUGUAACUUUUACAAAAAAAAUGCUUGUCUUUUUUUUGCAUAUUUGUUAAAGCUGUCACCAUGCUGUGACAGUACAGUAUGAGACAGAAAAUCUGUGAAAAGAUUGUCUCUGUCACAUCCACCCAGUGCUUCUAUUGCCAUCUGAAGAAAUGCACCAAAAACAACCAAUCAGAGCCAGGAGGAGGGGAUUAGUGCUGUCAGUCAUGCUCGAGUACGCGCUGCCAAAUGUACUAACGGCGGGAAAACCACUUACCGUCCCAGAAAAGUUGUUUACCUACCCUACGGUAGCAGAGAGCAUAGGACGGUGGGGGAAUGAGCGAUGUGUACAUGAGCAUAAAUAACAGCGCUAAGACCCUCCUCCUGGCUCUGAUUGGCUGCUUCUUGUUAGCACUGGAAGAAGGCAGAGGAGUUAGAUUUCUUUUCUUUUCACAGAUUAUUUGACUCAUUGUCACAAGAUGGUGACAGUUUCAAUAAAUAUAACUCAAAGGUUACAUACUGCAGCUUUAACGUCUGCUUCAAGGUUCAAAAGGUACUUAUAACUGUAUAGUUACCUGAUUAUAUGUGUUUUAGGUGGCAGUAGUUGAGUCAUUUUGCUGAUGAACAUGGAUGAUAGAAUGGUUCCAGUUGUUUAUCUCUGCAUGUUUCAUCUUUAGACACAUACAGAACCAUUCAGUAGCUAAGCUAGUUAUCUCCAUGCACAACAAGUUCGUCACAUAGUUUCAGAAUCUCUGCUUUUUCUUUUUGCCUGAUUUUCAUCUGCAGUAUGGAUAGAAUUCUAUUCAUCUUCAUAUUUUCUAUCACCAAAAGUUGGUACUGCUCAUAAAGUGUGUCAUGCUUAAGGUAGAAUGCUUAGAAGUUUGGUAAAGCUUCAACUAAAUAUUUAUUUUUAUUCUUUUCAAGCGUCUUGUUAAACGUUCCAAAACAGUCAAUUUCUUGACAAUAUGUAUGAACAUUUAACAGGUUUUACUCUGGUAAUUCGGGGGUUUUUGGUGCGUUGCUAAUAUUAAAAUUAUUUAAUGGCUUGGGAGGAACAGCACCUAGAUGAGAGUUGUCACUGAAGAGUGCAAAAAUAUUUUUGGGGUAAUGGUUGUUCCUUCUAGAUAGAAAAUUUAAUGUGAAUGUCCCACAACCUUUCCCUUAAUUAAAAUCCGUGAAACGAUCCUAUAAAAGCAAAUUGGGGGAAGAAAGGCAGUUACUAAGUCAAGAGUGCAGCAUCGCUAUAUCUGCUAUAUUUGUGCAGCCGAAACCAGCAAAGUUUCCCUUCAGAUCUCUCCAGACAGCAUCCAGUGCCGGUCGGUUGAAUGUUAGAGGUCCAGAGCAGUUUGCUAAACAUGAGAACAACUUCAUCUGAAGGGCAUUAAAAUAUUAUAACAUUAUCAGCAAGUUCUCAACCCAGGAUAACAUCUUAGCAUUACCUUUGAACUUCAACAAAUCACUCCAAAUAUUAAUAAUUCAGUUCUGGACUAAACAUUUGUCACCGUUCUGAGAAACGGAAAGAUUCAGACUCUGCAUCAUCAAAUACCUAAAUUUCACAUGUCUGAUAGCAAUCAGUGAUAAAAACCAUCUUUAUCGGGACGUUGCUAAGUUAUUUUAGACAGCUAGCAACACAGACUGGUGGAAAAUAUGGAAAAACUGAGAAGUGCAAUACUGAAUUUACAGAUCUGAAGUAACUUCAUCCAAACUCAUGCGAAUACGACUAUUUUAAGAAUGCGUGUGAGCUCUCAGAGUAAACAUUUUAGAUGGUAGAAUUCCAAUGGAAACUUCUUAAUGAGUUAGAAAUGUUGUCCAAUAAAAUGUUGAAGGUGUAAUGGCCUCAACACAUACUGUAAGUCCAUUGGUCGUGAACUGAGCUCAGUUCUUAAACUAUAACCACUCAAUGCCGACUAGCAACAACACAGACGACUGCAAGUGGAAAAAUAAAUGUUGUUUCUGUUCCUCAGAGAACAUGCUAGUACUCUAUAGAAACCAGCGGCGUUUCAGUCCAACCAAUAUGGCAGCGAAACUUGGAACAGUGUGAUGUUUGGGGCGGGUUUGUCCACUUUUGUAUUAACAAUAAAAGUAGAAGUUGUGUUUAAAACUGAUGGUGUAUUUUGGCACAUCAGAUUGAGCAGUUUGGUGGUCCACCACUGGUUUGUAGCUCAGUCGGUAGGCUUGAGGAAAUUAGUUGUGGUUAAGGGCAAAACCAAACCAGAACAAAAGCUAUAAUUAAGAAGUGUGUGUGUGUGUGUGUGUGUGUCCAGUCUUGCCUCAGAAAUAUCUUUGCACUUUCAGCUAGUCUUGUAGAACAUCAGCUGCAUCAGUCGAUCACUUCAGCAAGACCUUACACUUGGCAAUAUUUGAAAUUAGGCAGCUGGGAGGCAGAACAUUUCUAUGAAGAGUGAUGUUUAUGAUCAAUAAAUUGAUUGUGUAACAGAAUAAUUUUUACUCAAUCAUGUGUUAUAAGUUAUGUUGUGGCUCGAAGUACUGUGAGGACAUUGUUCAGGCAGUGAGUUCAGGUAAAAGACGGAUGAAGUGCCAGACCUAAUUUGUGCUUUGGCAGCUAAAUGAAACAAAGGCUCUGCAGAUUCAUGCAGGGUCAAAGGUUUACAUCUAAUGCACUGGGAAUGAGUCAUUUCAGGGCACACAGUCAGAGAACCCCCCGGACUCUUAUAUGGAGUUCUAAAUAUUGAGAGAGAAAAGAAAACAACCUGUUCUAACAUGUUUAAAUCUCUAGUUUUUUCUUGGUUUUGUUUUUUUGUUUGUUUGGUUUUUUCCAAGUUAACCUCCAUCAAAAAAAAUCUUAGACAUGUUCAUAACUCUUCCCUAAAAUUACAGACCUAUCCCAUCUUCAAGGAAUACAUUUAGAGGAGCUGAAAAUCCUUUUUUGUUGCAAAUUCUCUUCUGUGCUGGUCCUUCUGUCAGUCAUAUAUUCCAAACUUGGUGUUCUAAUACCUAAUCUAAUCUAAUACCAGGAAUGUCUCAUUAAGCUACCAUGGUUACAGCAACCAGUAGCUAUCCAGUUUCUAAGUGUGCUAAGUUUACAAUACACACACAACACACACCCUGAACUUUGAUUGGCUGAACAAAGCCCAACUACAGCUGAUUGGUUGGAUUUACUGUCACUCACCACAGCAGCAGCACACAAAUUAGAAUUUGCUGCAUGUUUCCUCUUAUUCAGGCAGGGUCAGAUAUAUACCUACAGUUAAGCUAAUAAUAUUUGAUUUAAUAUUCAUUAGUAAAGUACACAUAGACCAGACACUAUGCAUGCCUGGAUUUUCGACCACUCUUCUUAGUAAAAUUGAUAGAAUUGAUAUAAAUUGGUUAGUUUUCUGCCACAGUUCUGGCAAUAACCCAAAGGCCAUCAAUUUCCAACUGUGUUUUUUGCUUUCCGUAACUUGCUUGUUUGUGUGGUUGAGGUGUUUGGGUGGUUGGAACAUCCAACUCUGCCUACGUUGAACAAUCUACCAGUUGGAUUUUGGUUAAGUUGAAUCAUUUGGAGGCAAUCCUCCGUCUUCAUUAUUCCACCCGGUGAUGGCAAACCAACUGAUGCUCAACAUAAUCCUACCACCACCAUGCUUGACAGAUGGGACAAGUAAUGCAACGUUUGAAAGACUCACAUCAAUGUUUUACAGCAGCUCAGUCUUUGUCUCACCUGAAUGUAAAACAUUACUCUAGAAGGUAUUUAGAUUUUCUAUGUGGGCAGUUGCAAGUUUUAGUCCAAAACAAUGUUUGUUUUGGAACAGUGGCUUCUUUCUUAGGGGGCGCCAUGUCAGAAAUGUGUUGUGGUUCUGGAUUGGAAAAAGCAGGUUAAAGGUUUGAUUUUGAAGUAUUCUCUGAAGUUAUUAUUGUUAAUGGUAGCCAUGCAUGGUGUCAAAUUACAAUGAGCUUGUUAAAAAGUAAAAUCGUCCUUGGAUGGAAAGCUUAGAGUUGGAGGUAGGCUGCAUCAUAACAGAUGUUUAACCUCACAAAACGGCAAUAAGCACAACAGCUCCAUGUUGUGAAGUGUAGAUUAAUAGUACAACGCUAACACCAACACACACUAACAAUGUAACAUUUUUAGUUUGAGAGUUAAAUUGCUAGUCAGCUCAAACAAAUGAUGUACAUAUGAUGAGCUCACAGAUGCCACAGCUAACAUUUUAUUGUCAAUAGUUUUUCUACUGCAGGUAGAGAAACUAUUGACAAUAACUUUACAGAAUCUCACUUCAAAAACGCCAAACCAACCCUUUAACCCCCAGCCCUCACCUGACACUUGCAUACGUUUGCUAUGCUCUUUUUCUACAUUUUCUAUACUCUUCUAUGUAAAAAGUUACAAAAAACCUGUUUGGCAUUAGAAUAAUUUAAAAGUUUCCACAAAUAUUUUUUAUGAUGAAUCUUAUGUGAUGAGUUCCAGGUCUUUGACAUUUGAAGGCUUACCUGCCAUCAGCCUCAUCAUUCGCUCCCACCGUCUGAUUUAGGUCUCACCUUUCUGGGUCACUUCAAACUGUUAGUAGCUCCAGUCAGACGACACAUGCUUGUAAAAUAAGAGAACUUUAAACCUUAUAGCUGCAGUAUGUAACUGUAAUACUUUCUCUUUUUUUUUUUUUUACAUAUUUGUUGGAAAAGUCACCAUGUUGAGAGAGUUUGGUAUGUGAAGAAGUUAAGGUCUUCUGCAUCAUCCCAGUGCCAACUAGAAACAACUAAUCAGAGCCAGGUGGAGGGUCUUAUGGUGCGUUCACACCAAACGCGUUACACGCGUCAAAAAUCCGUCCAAUGCUUCAAGUUCAACGCGUGUGCACUUUGAAUGCAGACGAUAGUGCGUUCGCACCAAACGCGUUUAGUGCGUUGGUUUACAUUCAAAGUCUAUGUGGACGAAGGCUAGCACGGCUAGCGUGUCAAAAUUCCUCUAGCCGUGGUUUUCUGUUGCUGGCCUAUUUGUUGGACGUGUCAAACACUUAAAACACUCCAAACGCGCUGCAACAGACCCUGGACGCGCCAUAGACUUUGACUGUAAACCAACGCGCAAAACGCGUUUGGUGCGAACGCACCAGUAACGCCGUCAAUCAUGCCUUUGUGCCUGCUACAGUGCAGCUUCUGUAGUGCUCGUUAGCAGAGCGUGUCGUGAAUGCUAAGGCUAGUUAACUUGGCCACCGAUGACGGCGGAUAAAUGGGUUUCCCAUAAUGCCAAACUGUUUCGCCACCAUUAGCAUGUUUUGCAUUGCGUUUUUGAGGUUGAUUGACAGCGCUAAGUCCCUCCUCCUGGCUCUGAUUGGUUGUUUUCUGUCGGGAGCAGUGCAUUCCUUCAGAUGGCAAUAAUAGCUAAGGGAGGAGAUCGAUUUCUUUUUUUUUUCACAGAUUAUCUAUCUCAUUCUUCCACAACAUGGUGACAGCUUUAACAAAUAUGUAUAAAACAUUUUUUAAUAAGUUACACACUGCAGCUUUAAAACAUCUUCAGAUACGAGUCAUUUUGGGUUUAACUACAUGAGCAUGUACGUAUAAUUGACUCUUGAUCAGAAGUAGACAACAGAUCCUAAUUUGUUGUGCAAUAGCUCCAAACAAAGUGGUUUGUUGUAUGUAGCGCACACUGAGUUUUAAAAACAUGGGGAGCAGAAACUUAUGGCCGUACUGUUGCUCCGUAGUCGAUCUUUAUGCAGAAAAUCAUUUUAUUUGGAGGCUAAUUUGAGUGAAACUUUAGAAACACAGAUACGUGACGCAGACAUUAUCACUUUUUUGUGGAUGUAAUAAUGUCGGUGCAUAGAUGUACAGAAAUACUAGCUAAAGUCUUAAAUUGUGAGAUGUUUUCACCAGAUUCACCCUGUGCAAUGAUCCACUCAAGCUUCUGCAAAAUACUUCUAUUAGGAAGUGGACAACGUCAGGAAUGUGUGUAUGACUGUCAUCGUGACACCAACUUCCGUGCAACUCAGGCCUCUUUUCUAGAACCUGACCCUGUCUGGUUAGCAGCUCCCCCCCCACCCUUUAUAGCGCUAUGUUUUCGCUAUAAAACAUAGCGAUCUUUUGUGCGUUCCUACUAAAUAUAUGAGCCACUGUGUCAGUUUCAUACAUGUCGUCUGACUACAAGAAAAUCAUGACCUUGUCUGCUGAUCUCACUGAAGCACUUAGUUGGAUUUUUGUUUCAACUGUUGUAGAAAAUAAAAUGUCACCUGCUAAUUAUUUUUGAGAAUCUGCUGCUAAAAAUAUGGAAGAGGCAAAGAAAAAAAAAAAGUGAUGACGUUCAGAAGUCGUCUAUACAAACUGCAGCUAUAUUGCAUCUCACUAUUUUCAUAUAGAAGACCAAGAGGAAGAAAAAUGAAAUGUAUUCAUUUUCAAGACGUUUAAAAAAUAAAAAAUGAGACGCUUGGUAAAAGAAAUCCAGAGGUGUUUUUAACGAGGACUAUGUUUUGUAAUCAGAUCUAUUUUGCUGACAGAGUGUACAGAUAUGUGCAUGUAUUUUAUGCUGCCUGGGUUCUUUUUGCACAGUUCAAGUUUGGAACUGUAGAACAUUUGAAUAUGACAAUCUUUUUGUGGGGCAUUUGAAGUCACAUUUGUAAAUAAAUGUCUUUUUAUAGA